AUGUACGCCAAAAAAUCGCCGCUGAUCAUAACUUUCGUUAUAGUCUUAUUCCCUAUUCUGAUAUUACCGUUUGUAAAAGCUCGUUGCGUAAAUAAAGCAGUCUAUGACGAGUGUAGGUUGCAAGGGGAUCUAAUGAAAGCCGCGUGCUCGCCGAUCGAUCUCGUUUGUCAGUGUAAUUCUUAUAGAGCGAUAAACAUGUGUUUCUUGCAAUGUACGGAUGAUGUUGAUAUCGUGAAUGAGGCCAAAGCUUACAAGUUUACCUUAGAUCGAAUCUGCCCUACACCAAAUACUAUUCUUCCAACCCGAUCCAUUUCACCUCAAACCAUCAUUAAAUCCGUCGUGACGCCUUCGGCUGGCGUAACGAGCAAUAGCAAUCUGGGAGUUACCUUCACCAGAAAAUUCUGGUUAGCUUCUGUUCUAGUGAUUUCGAUUUUCAUGUUUUAG